AUGAAGAUAACGUGUACAGACUUGGUGUACGUCUUCAUUUUACUCUUCCUAAACACGAGUUGUGUCCAAGCCGUUUUUUCAGAUGAUGCAUUUAUCACUGAUUGGCAACUGGCUAACUUAGGUCCUUGGGAGAAAGUCAUCCCUGAUUCUCGAGACCGCAACAGGGUUCUCAUCUUAUCGAACCCUACCGAAACUUCCUGCUUAGUUUCUUCGUUUAACGUUUCUUCCGGACAGAUUCUUUUCAGAAACGUUUUACCCUUUACCAUUGAUGAGAUUCAACUGGAUAGUAAUGACCAUAACGCAAUGGUUUGUGUGAACUCUUCAAGCAACCAUUGGCAGAAAUAUGAUUUACACGAUUGGUUUUUACUAGAGGAAGGCGUAGAUAAUGCCCCUUCUACGACCAUUUUACCUCAAUCCUCAUAUUUAAACGAUCAAGUAUCUAUUAAGAACAAUGAACUACAUAUUCUCGAUGAGCAGUCAAAACUGGCAGAAUGGAAAUUGGAGUUACCUCAAGGGUUCAAUAAAGUGGAAUAUUUUCAUCGUGAAGAUCCCCUGGCGUUAGUGUUGAACGUUAAUGAUACCCAAUAUAUGGGAUUCUCUGCCAAUGGCACAGAAUUGAUCCCCGUUUGGCAAAGAGAUGAAUGGUUGACUAACGUGGUAGACUAUGCUGUAUUGGACGUCUUCGAUUCUAGGGAUGUGGAGUUGAACAAAGAUAUGAAAGCGGAACUUGAUUCAAAUUCGCUUUGGAAUGCUUACUGGCUUAGAUUGACAACUAAUUGGAAUCGCCUUAUCAACUUAUUGAAAGAAAACCAAUUCUCACCAGGACGUGUCUUCACUAAACUCCUAGCUCUAGACGCUAAGGAUACCACGGUAUCAGAUUUGAAGUUCGGAUUCGCCAAAAUCUUAAUUGUUUUGACGCAUGAUGGCUUUAUCGGCGGCCUUGAUAUGGUCAAUAAGGGCCAACUUAUCUGGAAACUCGAUUUAGAAAUUGAUCAGGGCGUCAAAAUGUUCUGGACGGAUAAAAACCAUGACGAACUUGUUGUUUUUUCGCAUGAUGGGCAUUAUUUGACAAUUGAAGUUACUAAAGAUCAACCGAUUAUCAAAUCAAGAUCCCCCCUAUCUGAAAGGAAAACUGUUGAUUCCGUUAUUAGGCUGAAUGAACAUGAUCACCAGUAUCUGAUUAAGUUUGAGGAUAAGGAUCAUUUACUGUUCAAAUUGAAUCCCGGCAAGAAUACGGAUGUACCAAUAGUUGCCAACAACCAUUCUAGUUCCCACAUAUUCGUCACAGAGCAUGACACGAAUGGCAUUUAUGGCUACAUAAUCGAAAACGAUACGGUAAAACAAACUUGGAAAAAAGCCGUAAAUUCGAAAGAGAAAAUGGUGGCAUAUAGCAAGAGGGAAACAACAAACCUAAACACUCUUGGUAUUACACUAGGUGACAAAUCGGUUCUUUAUAAAUAUUUGUACCCCAACCUAGCGGCUUAUCUGAUCGCUAAUGAAGAACAUCAUACAAUCACUUUUAACUUAAUUGAUACCAUUACAGGAGAAAUCCUCAUUACCCAAGAGCACAAGGAUUCUCCGGAUUUUAGGUUUCCAAUGGAUAUUGUUUUCGGUGAAUAUUGGGUCGUUUAUUCCUAUUUCAGUUCUGAACCUGUUCCAGAACAAAAGUUAGUAGUGGUGGAAUUAUAUGAGUCACUAACCCCAGAUGAGCGUUUGUCUAACUCAAGCGACAAUUUUUCUUAUGAUCCAUUGACUGGACACAUUAACAAACCUCAAUUUCAAACUAAACAAUUCAUUUUUCCCGAGAUUAUCAAAACAAUGUCCAUUUCCAAGACAACGGAUGAUAUUACCACAAAGGCAAUCGUUAUGGAAUUAGAAAAUGGACAAAUCACCUACAUACCAAAGCUUUUAUUGAAUGCAAGAGGUAAACCAGCAGAAGAAAUGGCCAAGGAUAAGAAAAAAGAGUUUAUGGCUACCCCAUACACGCCAGUUAUCCCAAUUAAUGAUAAUUUCAUUAUCACUCAUUUCAGAAAUCUAUUGCCAGGAUCCGAUUCGCAGUUGAUCUCCAUCCCAACCAAUCUGGAAUCCACAAGCAUUAUAUGUGAUCUAGGCCUUGAUGUAUUUUGUACAAGGAUCACACCUUCGGGCCAAUUUGAUUUAAUGAGUCCUACUUUCGAAAAGGGUAAAUUGCUUAUUACUAUAUUCGUCUUGUUGGUGAUCACGUAUUUUAUCCGUCCUUCUGUUUCAAACAAGAAGUUGAAAUCCCAAUGGCUAAUUAAAUAG